CUGAUGUAAUUGCAACUGUUCGGACUUAUCGGAAGUUACAAACCGUGUAACAUAGUACCUCAAAUUUAGUGUUAGUCGCGCUUUUUAAGGUAUUAAACUUUUGCUUUUUUUGCUUUCUUUCAUCAAAUGGCUUAUCCAGGAUACGGCGGGUAUGGGGGGCCGAUGCCAGGCAUGCCAGCACAGGGGAUGCCACCUCACGGAAUGCCAGGAGGGCCUAUGGGAGCUCCCAUGGGUGGGCCGAUGGGAGGCGCACCACCCCAAGGAGGAUAUGCCCCCUACGGUGGAGGCUAUCCCGGCACAUACGGGGCCCCGCCACCAGCUGCCAAUGACCCAAUGUGGGGUUACUUUACAGCCAUCGCAGGCCAGGACGGUGAGAUUGAUGCGGAGGAACUCCAGAGGUGUCUGACGCAGUCUGGUUUCUCCGGCAGCUACUCUCCUUUCAGCCUGGAUACGUGCCGGAUCAUGAUCGCCAUGCUUGAUAGGGACCACACAGGCAAGAUGGGCUUCAAUGAGUUCAAGGAACUGUUCACGGCUCUGAACGGCUGGAAGCAGAACUUCAUGAUGUUUGACCAAGACAGGAGCGGAACCGUCGAACCUCACGAGAUGAACCAGGCCAUCACCGCCAUGGGCUACCGCGUCAGUCCUCAGGCCAUGAAUGGAAUCAUCAAGCGCUACAGCAAAGGUGGAAGAAUCUUCUUUGAUGACUACGUGGCCUGCUGUGUCAAACUGCGAGCUCUCACAGAUGGCUUCAGGCAGAGAGACACCAUGCAGAGGGGAUCUGUCACUUUCCAGUAUGAUGAUUUUAUCCUGUGCACAAUGGCCAUCUGAGUGCUGCUGUCUGUCCCACACCACGAGGUCAGUGCGUUUGACAACACAAUCAGAAGCUGAUUCUGGAACAGUGCCUCACAGGAAUGCAAAGGGAGGCCAGUAAAUUAGACUGUGUGGCCGUGAGCUGCAACAGGAAAGUGCCCAUUGCUUGUUAAUGCUUUGCCAUAUUGCUUUAGUCUUGUAUGUCACACAGGGAUGUGCUAAAGAUGUAUCAGGUGUACACAUAUAUACACACACACACACAGUAUGUAUCCACAAUAGAGGAGAGUGUAAUAGAUUUCUAUGAUACAGCUCAGUGUCUUUAUAUCUUUUUUUUUUUAUGAUUUCUGACUUUCAAAAUUAGACUAAUGAGAAAUAAUUAGAAAAAAUGCUGUAAUCACAUGAUUUUUACACCGAAAACCCUUCAAAGAAUGAUUCUACCAGCUACGUCGAAUGCUUUAUGUCUCAUUUUGGAACAUGAACUGAUAGUGAAAGGAUGUUGUGAUAUGUGGGGACACCCAACGUGCCAUUAUAAUCUCUGAAUGUACUGUCAGUAUCAUCUAUGUAGAACUCCACAGUAACGGCAGCGUCAUGGUUAAUGAAUAAGUGUCAACGCCAUUUACAGACAACAUGAUGCUGAUUUGCCUUCAGACAAUUAUGAGCUUAUAACAUGAGCAUUAUGUGUAUUAAUGGUAUUUUAUAUGCAGGAAAUAUUGUGCACUUCUGUUUUAUAAAACCUAUAUGGAGCCUACUUUAGAUUGUAGAUGCAUAUUAUCUUGAUGUUUAACUUGAUAACAAGCCAAAGUGACUGUGAGCUGAUAUAAAUCCACACUGAUACCUGUUAUUAAUUAUACUGAGAUAUUAAAGUGUUAUCAUAUAGCUACA